CCUCCUCUAACCACCCGUUCACCUGUAGCGACACCAGACCAGACCCUCACUAACUUAACCAACCAGCAGACCAGGGCGUGAGUUCAUAGACUAUUAUCUGAUGCUCCAUUUGGCAGUGUGGCCCACCGAGACCCCUCGCUCUGCCCCCCGAUCCCCGGCUCUACCUCUGAGGGCUGAGGUUCAUCCCUCCACCCCUCUGCUCCCUCCACAGACCCCCAGCCAGUGCAUCAUGGUGGAUGUAACCAAAUGGCCCCUCUUCAGCCUGAUGGGGCCUCAGGAGCUCUCCACCAUCCUGAAGGCCUGCGUGUUUGGAACGUCCGCUAACGAGGCCAUCUACAUCACCAGUGAAGAUGAGGUCUAUGUGUUUGGGUUGAACUGCAGUAACUGCCUGGGCACAGGGGACAGCCAGAGCACCGUAGUCCCCAAGAAGCUGGACUUCCUGAGUGGGAGGAAGGUGAUCAGCCUGAGCUACGGCAGCGGACCCCACGUCCUGCUGGCCACAGAGGACGGAGAACUGUUUGCCUGGGGACAUAAUGGAUACAGCCAACUGGGAAAUGGGACAACCAACCAAGGAGUCACCCCAGUACUCGUGUCCGCCAACCUGCUCAAUAAGAAGGUCACAGAAGUGGCCUGUGGCUCUCACCACUCAAUGGCUCUGACUGACUCAGGAGAAGUGUACGCGUGGGGCUACAACAACUGUGGUCAGGUGGGCUCAGGCUCCACAGCGAACCAGCCCACCCCCCGCAGAGUCUCCAGCUGCCUGCAGAGCAAGGUGGCUGUCAGUAUCGUCUGUGGUCAGACCUCGUCUCUGGCAGUGGUGGACAACGGAGAGGUGUACGGCUGGGGCUAUAACGGGAACGGUCAACUGGGACUGGGAAACAACGGGAACCAGCUCACUCCCUGUCGACUUGUGGCUUUGCAGGGUGUAUGUGUGCAACAGAUUGUCUCAGGCUACGCCCACUCCCUGGCACUGACCGAUGAGGGCUUGCUGUACGCGUGGGGCGCCAACACAUACGGACAACUGGGCACCGGCAACAAGAGCAACCAGCUGAGCCCAGUUCAGAUCAUGACCGAGAAAGAGAGAAUCGUAGAGAUCGCUGCCUGUCACUCCACGCACACGUCUGCUGCCAAGACGCAGAGUGGCCAGGUGUUCAUGUGGGGCCAGUGCAGGGGCCAGUCUCUAGUGCUGCCCCACCUCACACACUUCAACUGCACUGACGAUGUGUUUGCGUGCUUCGCCACCCCCUCAGUCAUGUGGAAGCUUCUCUCCAUGGAGCACGAUGACUUCUUGACCGUGGCUCAGUCUCUGAAGAAAGAGUUUGACAACCCAGAGACGGCCGACCUCAAGUUCUGCGUCGACGGCAAAUACAUCUACGUCCACAAAGCAAUUCUCAAAAUCAGGUGUGAACACUUCAGAUCCAUGUUCCAGUCCCAUUGGAACGAAGACAUGAAGGAGGUGAUUGAAAUCGACCAGUUCUCCUACCCGGUGUACCGCUCCUUCCUGGAGUUCCUCUACACGGACAACGUGGAGUUGUCCCCUGAAGAUGCUAUUGGGCUGCUGGAUCUGGCAACAUCAUACUGUGAGAACCGCCUGAAACGACUUUGUCAACACAUCAUCAAGAGAGGGAUCACCGUGGAAAAUGCCUUCUCGCUGCUGUCGGCUGCUGUGCGCUAUGAUGCCGAGGACCUGGAGGAGUUCUGCUUUAAGUUCUGUGUGAAUCACCUGACCGAGGUCACCCAGACUACUGCUUUCUGGCAGAUCGACGGCAACUUGCUCAAGGAUUUCAUUUGUCGAGCGAGCCGCUGCGGAGCCUUCAAAAACUGACCUCAGCCCGAGGUAACGAUGGCAACAGACGGAGAGGGGGGCUGUGGGAUUCUGGGAGUGAAUUCUCAAAGGACGUCAUCCCUUCUGUAACUCUGGCUCCGGAAUGGAGAUCUUUAGAUAAUCACCAUCGCUGUCCCUCUCAUUCCAGACUAGAAGCACUCUCCAUCAUGUGAGCUGUGCCCAUUGACUUUAGAGGACAGAGCUGACAGAGCAGAGCCACAGUGCCUGACUGCCUACACACUUACACAUGUUGUGUGAAGGAAACACUUUUAUGGCUUGAUGAAGGUGUUUCUUUUGACUUGAGAUUUUUCUGCCAGUUUGCUACUUUACUAUUUCCAUUUUUCUGUUGAAUUGACCAAGGCACUUGUUUAGGGUUUGCACUCGUAUUUUUGAAUAUGAUUAUGUUUUGCUUUACUUUAAGACCACAUCCUUAGUUUGGAUGCAGCAUCUGGUAUCAUGCUGACAUAUCAAAUGAUACAUGCGUUUUUCUAGUCUUAUCAACCACUCAAAGCGCUUUACAGUACAAGUCUCAGUCAUCCAUUUAUUUACACAUUCGUACUGCGCUCCUUCUAUCACAAACUGUGGGAACAGCAGUCAGGGGCAAUUCAGCCUUCAGUAUCUUCCCAGAGGACACUUCAGAAUGCAGUGUAGGACCAGAGGAGCCAGGUAUCGAACCACCGAUCUUCUUGUUUACCUCCUGACUUGCCUCCGCAGCUGCGACACAUGACUUUGAUCUUGUGUCUUGGUUGUCAUUUGACCCAAAUAUGGAAACUCGGGUUACAAGUGAGAUUCAGGGCAGUGUGAUUGAUCGAGGGCCUUAACUUACAGCCGACACUGAGCCAGUCCCAGGUGUCUGCACCAGUUUCAGACCAACACAGUUGUCAUGUCCAGCACCCACGCUUAUUAAAUAAAAAAUGCACUUAUGCCCCAGCGAACACUCACGGGCGUUCUAGUCUUAAAUCAGGUGGUCAGAGGCAACACAACUGUUUUAAGGCACAUGAUCAGGAUACUAAACAUGCAAAGAAGCGUUUUCUCUUAUUACCAAUCCGACCCUCUUCAUGUGCACCUGGCUUUUAGCGGAAAUGAGAUUGGUUCAUUGCCAAGUUACUCUAUAAAACACACCCAUGGUUAAUAACAUGAUUUAAAUGCAACACUUUUAAGUCAUGAACCAAAGCAAAAGUGGAUUUGGACUCUUCCUAAACGCUCCACACGCUGCAGACCAUGUGCUUAGGCUGUUCAAAUAGAGCCUCCAGUCUUUAACUGUGGAUUCCUCUUUAAAGUGAUGGAUUGCUUAGGUUGGAAAGUGUUAUUUUUGUGCAGCUAUUUAGUUUUUUUUAUAUUGCAACAAAACAAUAAGUGGCUGUUAACCUUCUACCAGCUGUAACAAAUGUAUGGAGCCCUUAAAAAUCUGUUGAAAGCAGAUGGUGUUUUCAGAAGCUCCGGCUGAGUGGGACUUUGAAGGCUCCGUGUGACAGAUCUACUGGAUGUAGGAAGCGUUGUUUUACAGUGUUCACAUUGUUUGGGGACACUUGCAGUUUUGCACUACUGCUGUGGGUGUUUUAAGGAUUUUCUCAAUUCUUUGCAGGGUAUUUCUCAUUUAAAAUCAAUGUUUUAUUGAUUGAUACUGACUUAUGAGGUGCCAGUGACAUUUUGUGACCUGCUAGUAAAUAGAUAACAAGAAUGAUCUGUGUUGGUUUUCUGUAAACAAGCCUUUUUUCAUUAUAUGAGAUGAGGUCUCCUCACCGGCGACAGGUUGUCCAUCCGUAUGUAGAGAAUUUACAAACGUUCAUGUGGACUCUCAAAUUAACCAAUUAGAGUUUGGUGGUCAAAGGUCAAGGUGACCUCACAAAGUGUGUCUGAUGUUAUUCUUGAAUGUGAUGACUUAAGAUCACGUUGAGGGAAUUUCUACGCCAGCAUAUUUCACCUUAACAAUAUCAUCUAUCGGUUCAAGUCUGUAACAGUUUUAAGGAGAAAUUUGUUCCAGACUAAAGACAAAUUCCUCUUUCAUCCUCCAUGCAACAAACCAGACGUCUGGACUCAACUGUGCAAACUGGAUACAGAAAAUAAACACAAACAAAGCUAAAUACUUGGCUGUAAACUGCAGAGUAAACUAGUUUGGUCUGACUUGUAUAAAUGAGGGAUGUAGAUACAAGGUCCUUUUGGAACCAGGUUAUGAGAUAUCUACAUAAAACCCAAUACAGAAAUAAAAUCAAGACAAGAUCAAAUAAUUA